GUAACUAUUUAUUUAAUUUUUUUGUCCUAUCCCUGACAUAUUUAAAUGUCUAAGAAUAAUUUACUGUAAAAAUAAAAUUAAAAAACGGAAAAGUUGGUUUCGAAUCAGAAAAUAAUAGUGUGGAAUGUGAAAGGAAGUGUUUGUCUGAUUGAAAUAUAUUUAAGAGUGAGAUCCUCAGGAAUUUGGGAAUUGCACAUGUCUGAAGUAGAGCUUUUCAUCUAAAAAAAUGGGUCCACCAAAAAAAAUAAAGAAAUAUGAUUCUAAAACGAGCAGUGAUCGAUCUGGUAAGAAGAAGAAAGUUGAAGAUGAUAGUAUGACUAUAGACUUGGUAGAUGAGGACAACACAGCAGAGAAUGUCGGUGUUCCUGGGGCUGCUAUGCAAGAUGCUGAAAAAAAUGAUCAAGUGCCUGAAGAUGAAUUUGGUGCUAAAGACUACAGGAGUCAGAUGUCGUUAAAACCAGAUAAUGCCAGCCGCCCAUUAUGGGUUGCACCAAAUGGCCACAUAUUUCUAGAAGCAUUUUCACCGGUCUACAAACAUGCUCAUGAUUUUUUAAUUGCUAUAGCAGAGCCAGUAUGCAGGCCACAACACAUUCAUGAGUAUAAACUAACAGCAUACAGUUUAUAUGCAGCCGUGUCUGUUGGCUUGCAAACUACAGACAUAAUAGAGUAUCUGCAGAGAUUAAGCAAGUGUGCUGUACCUGCUGGCAUUAUAGAAUUCAUUCAACUGUGUACGCUGUCUUAUGGGAAAGUGAAACUUGUUCUCAAACAUAACAGAUAUCUAGUAGAAAGUAAACAUGUCGAAGUAUUACAAAAACUGCUGCGUGAUCCUGUGAUCCAGCAGUGUAGGUUGCGGCGUGACGGCGAUGAGGAGCUCCUCACUUCCGCGCUCCCCAACAAACCUACCGAUCCCACCGGCGCUACCAGACCUGGUGACGACAAGCCAGCAGCGAAUGGCGGCGUACCCGACGACAUUAGUCAGUUCUACCAGCAGCUCGAUAAAGACGACGAGGACGAGGAGACCACAGACAUCGCUGCCAAUACCGCCGUCGCUUUCGAAGUCGAUCCCGAUAAAAUUGAGGUUAUACAAAAAAGAUGUAUCGAACUGGAGCAUCCUUUACUGGCUGAAUAUGAUUUCCGUAAUGACUCUAUAAAUCCUGACAUAAACAUUGAUCUGAAACCAACCGCGGUCUUGCGACCUUACCAGGAGAAGAGUCUAAGGAAAAUGUUUGGAAAUGGAAGAGCUAGAUCGGGUGUGAUAGUGUUGCCGUGCGGCGCGGGCAAGUCGUUGGUCGGUGUGACGGCCGUGUGUACGGUCCGCAAGCGCGCGCUCGUACUCUGCAACUCCGGCGUUUCCGUCGAACAAUGGAAACAGCAGUUCAAGUGCUGGUCCACUGCCGACGACAGCAUGAUAUGCAGGUUCACCUCUGAGGCUAAGGACAAGCCGAUGGGCGCGGGCAUCCUGAUCACGACGUACUCUAUGAUCACGCACGGGCAGCGGCGGUCGUGGGAGGCGGAGCAGACCAUGAAGUGGCUGCAGGCACAGGAGUGGGGACUGGUGGUUCUCGACGAGGUGCACACCAUCCCCGCUAAGAUGUUCCGCCGCGUGCUCACCAUCGUACACUCGCACGCCAAGCUCGGCUUGACCGCCACACUCCUCCGCGAGGACGAUAAGAUUGCGGACCUGAACUUCCUGAUCGGGCCCAAGCUGUACGAGGCCAACUGGCUGGAGCUGCAGGCUGCUGGUUAUAUCGCGCGCGUCCAAUGCGCCGAGGUCUGGUGCCCCAUGACACCCGAGUUCUACCGAGAAUACCUCAUACAAAAAAUAAAUAAAAAAAUGUUAUUGUAUGUAAUGAAUCCAUCGAAAUUUCGAGCGUGUCAAUUCCUAGUACGAUACCACGAGCGGCGCGGCGACAAAACGAUCGUAUUCUCAGACAACGUGUUUGCUCUACGCCACUAUGCCGUCAAGAUGAACAAGCCCUACAUAUACGGGCCGACUUCGCAGAGCGAGAGAAUACAAAUCCUGCAGAACUUCAAGUUCAAUCCUAAAGUGAACACUAUAUUCGUCAGUAAAGUCGCUGACACGAGUUUCGAUUUGCCAGAGGCGAACGUGUUGAUACAAAUAUCGUCACACGGUGGCUCUCGCCGGCAAGAAGCUCAAAGAUUAGGUCGUAUUCUGCGAGCAAAAAAAGGUGCUUUAGCAGAAGAAUAUAAUGCUUUUUUCUACACCCUUGUAUCACAAGAUACUUUAGAAAUGGCUUACAGUAGAAAAAGACAAAGAUUCCUUGUAAAUCAGGGGUACAGUUAUAAGGUUAUAACAGAAUUAAAAGGUAUGGACCAAGAGCCAGAUUUACUUUAUGGGUCCAGGGAAGAGCAAGGCAUGCUUUUACAACAGGUGCUCGCGGCAUCAGAGACAGAGUGCGAGGAGGAACGCGAGGGUGGGGCCGGUGGAUCAGGCGGCGCAGGGUCGGCGCGGCGCGCCGCCGGCAGCCUCGCCUCACUCGCUGGCGCCGACGACGGCCUCUACCUCGAGCACCGCCGCUCUGGCAUACAGAACAAACAUCCUCUUUUUAAGAAAUUCCGAUAUUAACGACACAUACACCGACCAAAACCAUCUACAGACGUAAAAUAAUAAAU